CUUUUCUUUUGUUUAUUUAGGGUUUCUUAUUUCUUCAUUUUCACCCCCCUCCUUUGAACCAACCUCCUCGAGGAAGAACCCACCGCCGCCUCCUCCUUCCGCUCCCUCCCUCCCUCCGCCUCCCUCCUUCCAUCAGCCUCAGGGGAGUGGAAGUUUCAAACGAAGAAGAAGAAGAAGAAGAGAUCUAGAAGCUGAGCCUUAAUCACUUUUUAAUUAGAUGUUAUCAUCAGAUUAAGAAGAGAGGGGAUUUCAAAUCUGAGUUCCACGAUCAGCUGAUUUCUUUUAAUUUAAUCAGUUUCUAGGUUUUCGAUACUUUUGAGAGGAGAAUUUCAAUCACAAGAAAACUAGGCAGCCAGCAAUCGAAGACAAAGAUGGCAGAAGAACAAAGAUGUCAAACUCCACCAGAACACAGAUUGUGUGCAAACAAUUGCGGAUUCUUUGGUAGUCCAGCAACUUUAAAUUUGUGUUCCAAGUGUUAUCGGGAUCAUUGCCUUUCUGAACAACAAGCUUCUUCUGCAAAAAUUGCCGUUGAAAAAUCUCUAGCUGGAUCAUCCUCUUCAAUGACAACAACCAAAGUGGUGGUCUCUACUCCUGCUUUAGUGCUUCCAUCAACUUCAGCCGACAGCACAAAUCUGGUCACUGCUGCAACUUCAUCUCCUGCCGAAGAACCUCCAGUAGUAGCUUUACCAGUGGUCGAUGCACAACCAGGACGAUGCUCGACUUGUAGGAAAAAGGUCGGUUUGACAGCAAUCAAGUGCAAAUGCGGGUUGACAUUCUGUGCUACUCACAGGUAUCCAGAAAAACAUGAGUGUACGUUCGAUUACAAGGCUCUUGGAAGAAAUGCUAUUUCAAAGGCUAAUCCUGUUGUGAAAGCGGAUAAGCUCGAGGAGAAGAUUUGAAAGCUAAUUUAUUUGUGAAAGCAAAAAAGCCAGUCUGGACAAGAUUUGAAGCAGUGAACUUUUUUCUGCAUUUGGGUAUUUGUGGUUUAAGUUUGAAUUGUCUGUGUUCUUUUAUCAUGAUUUGGUUUUAUAAUUCGGCCGAUGGGAAAGAAAACGAUAAACAAUUGAUCGGUCUGGUCGGAUAAUUGAGAGAGGUAUUUAUCAGCUUGAGCCUAAUGGCAGAGGUUGGUUGUGAACCCUGUUCUGCGUUAGUAAGACUAUGAUGUUAUUGUUAGUGACUAUGUAUGCAUCUCUCUAGCUCUCUUUGGUUGAUAUGAAACUGUUCUUUCUCCCCUGCUUUAAA